AUGUACUAUGGAACCAUACUGACUGUCCCCCAAGCGGACUCUUUUUUCACUCCUCCAUCUUCCUACUCUCCCCAGAAGACUCUCGCGAGGCUGGACCUUGGAUUGGACUCGCCCUCUGACGACGUGCUAGACGCUGAUAUCUUCAACAUGACUGGCACAGGAUCGCCUCAACCCUUUAUCAAAGAAGAGGUGGACGACAUGUCCUUCAACACAAACCGCUUCGUCGGCCACAACGGCUUUGACUUGAAUCAGCAAUACGGCAAUGCUCAAUUUGGCUCCAACCACGAUAAUGUCAACCCUUCGGAACUCAACAUGAGUCAAAGCAUGAUGGGUGGUCAAUUUGGAUCCACCAGUUACAUUCAGGGUGCCGCAGGUAUCGCCGAUGAUGAGCUUGCCGACUCUCUGGGUGGUGGCUACGACCAGCAGCCAAAUUACAAUGCGUUCGGUCACGGCAGCAACCAUCAUCAGGACUACUACCAGAAUCACGGCAGCAACCCUACCAUGAACCAGAUGUAUUCGAAUACGCCGGAUGAUUUGCCUAUUCAAAGCCCCUUUGUUCACCCUGGUGCCUUCGACUUCAAUCAGUACCAAACUCCGUCACGAAUAAACUUUCCUGGCAGCCUAUCAAAUGCCAUGCGACCAGGACGCGCCUCGAUGAGCAGGCAUGCUUCAGACAGCCGUACGCCCAUGUCCCCCAAGACGCCGGGCAUGACUUCACUCAAUAUCGGAACACCUGAUUCUGGCAACUUUACCACUCAACCGAUCAUGACCAACACACGUGGUGGUCACAAGUCGACCGUCUCCAUGUCCAACCCGGGGAGUAUGCCGUGGGAGGGUACGCCUGGCAGCCCACACUCGUGGAUCGAUUCGCCUGCGUCGCCUCACACGGCUACUAUGCAUCACCAGCAGAUUGCCGAUGUCCUGCAUUCGGGCAAGCAUAGCUCUCUACCCGCCAAGGUUGAUAUCGGCCAGACACAAGACGCAAAGAAGCGUCGUCGCCGCGAAUCGCACAAUCUGGUGGAGCGCCGCCGAAGGGAUAACAUUAACGAGCGCAUUCACGACCUGUCUCGUUUGGUACCCCAGCACCGUCUUGAAGACGAGAAGAUUCGCAAGCACAUCAACAACAACGGACCCAUGUCACCCACCAUGGGCACUAGUGGCAUGUCGCCACCGCAGGCGACGUCGCUAUUGGCUGGUGGCAAUGGGAGGCGGGCCGCCGGUAACAUUACACAAGGCCUGCCAAUCGAAGACAAAGACAAGGGACCGAACAAAGGAGACAUUCUCAACGGUGCCGUCAGCUGGACUCGUGACUUGAUGUGGAUGUUGCACAAGAAGAUCCAGGAGUGCGACGAGUUGGCUGCCCGCCUUCAACAAGCCACGGGCGAGGAAUGGCCGACGGAGCAGUCCGAGGACGAAAAGCGAAUGAAGACGGAGAUCAUGGAAGCACUCGAGAAGAACGGUACUGGCACCUUUCGAUACUCCAGAGGGCCAGGCUCCGGACUCCGGGUACCUCACCACACCAACCUUGCUGGCGAGCCCCUCAAUGGCAUCUCACCUCAGAGCCUAAGCCCGGGCAUGCAGAGCACUGGCAGUGGAUCGGGUUCCAACCAACAGUACUGGUCCAACCAGAGCUUAAAGGAAGAAGAUGAAUAUGGCAUGGACAUGGGUUAG